CUGUAGUAGAGGCGUGUGUUCUGCACGGGUUGAAACGGCGUAUCGCAGGCCUGCUGUGCAGUAAUAAGGUGGCUGCACUCUUUAUGAAGGUGGCAAAGAGCUUUUCUCCUGCCGAGGAGCUCUGCCGCAAGGUCCAGGAGCUGGAGCAGCUGAUUGAAAACAGCAAGCAGAACAAUUCCUCGCUGAGUAAUGAUCGCAGCCGAUUGUCGAAGUUGCCCAACCUUCCUCCUCAGGCACUGAAACAUCUGUGGAUUCGAACAGCGUUGAUGGAGAAGCUCCUGGACAGGAUCGUUCUGUACUUGGUAGAAAACAGCAGUGCGUUUUAUGAUAAAGGAGCCAUGCUAAUGGAUCCUGUGGAUGGACCAAUCCUUGCAUCUCUUCUGGUUGGUCCCUGUGCUUUGGAAUACACCAAAGUUAAGACCGCUGACCAUUUCUGGACCGAUCCGUCAGCUGAUGAGCUCGUACAGCGGCAUCGAAUCCACAGUGGCCACUGUCGGCAGGACUCUCCCUCCAGAAGGCCUGCCCUGAUCCAAAAGAGACAGUCCAGUGGUAGCAUGGAUGAUCGGCCUCUUCUGUGGGCCAGAGAAUAUGUUGAAUCCCUUCACCAAAACUCCAGAGCCACGCUGCUGUUUGGAAAGAACAACGUUCUGGUGCAGCCGAAAGACGGGAUGGAAGCCAUACCGGGUUACCUCUCUCUUCAUCAGACCGCAGAUGUCAUGACCCUGAAGUGGACUCCCAAUCAACUCAUGAAUGGCAACGUUGGAGAGCUAGAUUCCGAAAAGAGUGUUUUCUGGGAUUAUGCUAUGACAAUUCGUUUGGAGGAGAUUGUAUAUCUCCACUGUCAUCAGCAAGUGAACUGUGGUGGGACAGUUGUGCUGGUGAGCCAAGAUGGAAUCCAGAGACCUCCCCUGCAUUUUCCCAAAGGGGGCCACCUGCUGCAGUUUCUUACAUGCCUCGAGACCGGCCUGCUUCCUCAUGGUCAGCUGGACCCUCCACUCUGGAAUCAACGAGGAAAGGGAAAGGUUUUCCCUAAACUGCGAAAGAGAAGUCCCCACAGUUCAUGUGAUUCUGUAUCGGAUAAAGAGGACGAUGAAGCAACCGAUUAUGUGUUUCGGAUCAUCUUUCCCGGCCAUCAGAUGGAGUUUAUGCCUCUGGAGAUGAUAGAUCAGGGUGUUAAUAUGUGGCAACCAACCCCUAGAAAGUCCUCGUGCUCCUCCUGCUCACAGAAUGACUCCUCUGAUGGUUCUUUGCCUAAUGGAUGUAAUCACGAGAGGGCUCCUAUAAAGCUCCUUUGUGACACAAUGAAACACCAAAUAAUCUCCCGUGCAUUCUAUGGAUGGCUUGCUUACUGUCGCCACUUGUCCACAGUCCGUACGCACCUUUCUGCACUGGUCAACACCGUCAUAGUUGACCCUGAUGUUCCACAAGACGCUCGAGGUGGCCUCACUGUGGAAGUUUGGACCAGUUUCCUCAGAGACAGCUCUGCCUAUGAGGAAAAGGAGAUACACAGGCUUGUGUAUUUUGGUGGGGUGGCCCCGUCGCUUCGCAAAGACGUCUGGCCCUUUUUGUUGGGACAUUACCAGUUCAACAUGAGCGAGAAAUGCAGGCUGGAGAUUGAUGAGAAGAUGCGAAGCAUGUACGAACAGACUGUGAAGGAGUGGCAGGGCUGCGAGGUCAUCGUCCGUCAGAGGGAGAGGGAGAAGCACGCAGAGGCCCUUGCGAGAUGUUUGUCUGGUGCCAGUGUGGAACGAGGACCUGUGCAACGGGACUCCACCAUCAGCACAGAUUCGUCUUUAAGUUGCAGCUCAGACCAACCGAAUGUCCAGUCACAAAGUGACUCCAGCAGCAGUGCACAGGUAUUUGAAUCAGUGGAGGCUGAAUCCAUGGCUGAAGGAGAAGAAACGCAGCACAGCAGCCUUGGGAAGACCACGGAUGGUCCACAGUUUGUCCCCUGCGAGUCCUCUUCCCCUGAUGUGUCAAACCAGAACCCAGGUUCCAAAAAUCCUCUCAAAACUGAGUUAACAGCUGAACCUUCAGCCACUCAGCAGACUGACAAAACUCCAGAGGCAUUUGGUGGUGAAACUACAGCUGAUUCAGAGUCGGGAAAAAGUCAUCUCCUUUCAUGUGAAUCAGAACAAAAAGAUGGGAAACCGUCAGUUCCUGAGGAAGAGGCUGUAAUGAAGAAGAUGGAGACAAAUUUAGAAAGUGAAGAAGCUGCAAAGACACAAAAAGAUAAGCUAGAGGAGAUAUCGGAAGCUGAGAAUAAAGAAAUUCAGACUCAUGUAGUUGUAAAAGCAGUCGAAACAAAUAUGAAUGUGAAAUCUGCUCCAGAGAAUACUAAUGUUCUGAAGCUGGAAACGGAGAUCCAUAAUGAGUAUUUCCAAGCACCUCCCCUUGGGCAGACCUUAGCUUUUCAAGUGAGUAAGAACAGGGAUGUAGAAGGAGAAAACACUGACUCGCAAAGUAAAACAAACGAAAACGCAGAAACAACGGUUUGUGACUUUGCCGAAACCAAAAAAGCUGCAGAGAUGCCAUUUGAGAAGCCCGGCUCAAAUUCUCCAGUCAGACAAGUUCUGAAUGCUCUCCAGUCAGCGUCGAGGGGCGGCCUCUCCCUGUCUCACCCUCGACAGUCUCCGGACACGGCUGAUUCCGACGACUCUCCGUCUGCGCUGGAAAUGGAGGACAUCCCUGCAGGGAUAACCUGUGUGACUUCAGAGGACAUCAGGGCCAGGCCUUUGAUGGGCCUCGCUGCCCCUCCGGUCCCCUUGGCGCAGAGAGAAAAAAUAGCAUCUGACAGUUUUGUCCAAGAUCAACAUCUGGACACGGCUUGUAACACCAGUCCAGAAGUCACUGAUCUGGGCCUUUCGGAGGACGAGCCAGAGAUGGACAAUGUCCUGACUGAACAGGAGUCUACAGACAUGGGAGGUGGCAAAUAUGAAGAAUCCUCAGAGGAGCAAACCUAUUCUCAAGAAACGCUGGACAUGUACUUGAUCAACUUGCAUCGCAUUGACAAAGAUGUGAGACGCUGUGAUCGGACGUAUUGGUACUUCACUCCUGAAAACCUGGAGAAGCUGCAUAACAUCAUGUGCAGUUACGUGUGGCAGCAUCUGGAUAUAGGUUACGUUCAGGGCAUGUGUGAUUUGCUGGCCCCCCUUCUGGUUAUUCUGGACGAUGAGGUGAUGGCAUUCAGCUGUUUCACUGAACUCAUGAAGAGGAUGAACCAAAAUUUUCCUCAUGGGGGAGCCAUGGACACUCACUUCGCAAACAUGCGCUCACUUAUACAAAUCCUGGAUUCUGAGCUGUUUGAGCUGAUGCAGCAGAAUGGAGACUACACACACUUCUACUUCUGUUACCGCUGGUUUCUUCUCGACUUCAAAAGAGAAAUGGUGUACGACGAUGUGUUCUCUGUGUGGGAAACUAUCUGGGCGGCCAAGCGCACCUCCUCUGAACACUUUGUGCUCUUCAUCGCCCUGGCGCUCGUGGAGAUGUAUCGAGACAUCAUCUUGGAAAACAACAUGGACUUCACAGACAUCAUUAAGUUCUUUAAUGAAAUGGCAGAGCGGCACAAUGUCCCGCAGGUCCUGAUGAAGGCCCGGGACCUGGUCCACAAAGUCCAGACUCUCAUAGAAAACAAGUAACGCAGGCUGCUGCCAUUUAUGAUCCUUUGAUUGUUGUGCUCCGUUGUCUCAAAUAUCUGCAACAUAUUCAAAUAGAGACAUUAACGUUAGGUAUAGGCAGUGAUUAAAGCUGCUCAUUCUAAAAAAGUGGUUGUAAGACAACUUCUCUCAGUUGCUCCUCUUUAUCUUUGGGAGGUGUUGCCAAUGGAAUUUUAUUUUUGGAGUGUUCUUGUUAACCCAGUGAAUGUACCCUUAUUGACUCUGCUUCAGGAUGGUAAUAUUUUAGCCUUACAUUUAAUUGUUUUUUUAAUGGAUAAAACAACAAAUUCUUACAUCUGUUUAUUUUUUGCCAUAAAAAAUCCUUAAAGGGAUAGUUUGGUGCGUUAUAUGAGCCAUAAAAUGGCAUUAAAGACAAUUUCUAGGUUCUGUGGAAAGGUUAUGAAUGGGUAAUAUCUUACCUCUUGUUGGUAGCUCUUUGAACAGUCAAAGUACCUAAAAUGCAUUUGGCCAAGACCAAAGUAGAUUGUGGACUUGAAGCAGCUCCAGUUUUCAAAAUUUUACAAGAAAAAUAUUUCCACUGCCAUAUGCAUUAUAUUAUACUCUAUAGUUAAUUAGAAAGAAAUAUAUAUCUGCUGAUAGUGCCUCAAGCUGCACCAGAAGUGUUACCGCUAGCUGCUGGUACCACUAUUGGUGCUUUUAAAUUCCCGUAAAGAUUUAUGUAAAUUAUUGUUUCAUGUUGAUUACGAUGUAAUCAGUCAGAAUUAAAGUAUUUUUCUCCAGAGGGCACUCAAAGAGCUAAGACUUGAAUUCUUCACAACUUUUUCACCAAACCCUACUUUAAAAGAUCUGAACUAUCACUAAGUUGCGCAUCUUGUUAUACACUUAAUCACAGUUUUUGUAAUGCUGUUAUUUAGCUGAAACUGUAGAUACCAUGGUUAAACAUUUUGUGCUAAACUUGAAUUAUUUUCAGGUGUAGGAUAUGAUGUGAACAGAUGGUUUGGUUCUUAACCCUCCUGCUGCUCCUGGGUCAAACACACAGUUAUUUGGACCCAAGGGGCAGGAGGAGGGUUAAUUUUUAAAGGAUUGUGCUAAAACUCAUCUUUGGGUUGCAUCCUAAGGGCCAUUUUGUGCACCACACGCUCAUCUUUUUAACCAACCCAUUUCUGCACACAAGUCGGACACACAUUUUUGUUUGAGAAGACAUGGCAUAAACAUCCCCUGGUACCGGACCAAGUCCACAUAUUGUGAGCUCCUUCUAUCUCUGACAUCCUCUGUGCAUUGGAUGAAGAGUGAUUCACCCUGCUGAUGUUCAUCCUUUGACGCAGAUGUCAGAUUGUAUUUUGUGCAGGUCGAUGCUUUUCUGGAAUUAGCAUGUGCAGUCAUAUGUUACAAUACUUUUACUAUGAAUGUACAUAGGAAUUAUUGCUAUGUACUUUUGUUUGCUCAAGCUGAAUUCAUUGACAAGUGGUUCUCAUAAAACAAGUGUAGCACUGACAGAUUCUGUUUUCACGCAUCAGUAGGAGAACUGUUGUGAUUGGUAAAAUGCAUUUAUAGCAGCAAUUUUUCUCCAUCUUGCUUCUUUGUUUUUAUUGCCAAACUGAUUUGCAGCAAAUGCUGUCAAUCAUAAAUUCUGACCUCAGUUUGUCUGGAUUCACACCUCCUGGAAUCCAGUUUUACACGCUCGUCUUUUAAGCUUUUCAUUUAAGCGAAACAGAGUAUUUCACAUUCUGUUUUUUUCAGUUUCUUUGUAUUUUAUUUCCUGUGGAACUGGUGUUUGCCUUGACAUCAUCACCCAUCGUGCCGGCUUUAUUUACUUUGAAAGAACAGAUGGUUCUGAUUUUAUUUCACAUGGUGCUCCUGGUUUACCAGAAGACUUAACGGCACACUUCUUAGUUCAGGUUAAUAAAUUUGCUUCAAAUGUGUGCUCAGCUACAAGGAUAAUGUUUUAACAGUCUGAAAAAAAAACCAAGUUAACUUAAAAUGUAUAUGUAACUAUAUACGUUUGAUUUCCUCCUGGGAAUCCAGGUCAAUAAAGAUAAAACAAAUUAUUAUCCUUUACAAGCUGAAAUGAUAUGUCUUGUGGAACAAUUAGAAAAUAUUCAAAGUAACUGCAAACAAUUACAAAUUAUAAAAUUUAAGACUGUAUCUAACUAAUCUCUUGACAUAAAGGAAUUGAGUGAAAUUUUGUGACUGAUAAACUGAAUUUUAGACAGUCUUCUAUUUUAGAAUUUGCGAUUGGUUGCAGUUAUUUACGUCUCUUUAAAUAUGUCUCCCUUCAGCAGCGAUAGAGUAAUGUUUUCUAUAGUUCAGUGCUGACAUUAGAGGUACUGCCCCCAGGUGUGUGACCAUAAAUAUUAUGGUUUGCUAAGGACACGUAAGCUUAGAGCAGCAGCAGAAGGAUUAGAAGCCAUUUUGUUUUGAUUGGUCUCAGGGCCACAUACACAGGCUCUGAGGAUGAAAUGGACUUUUUUAUAUCUGAGAAUAAACAUUUAAACCGAGAACUGGAUUGGCUUUUCUGUACAUUAUUCAGGCUUCCAGUUUUGAACACUUUCUAACAAAAGGGUUUGACGCAGUUUGGCCAAAAUGCAUCAAGAUUAUAGCAACAAAAGCUGUCUUCUGUAGCGUUAGAGCAGUUCAUUUUGGGGAGUAAAACAGGAUGAUUACUAAGGCCUUGAGUCAUUUUGACCUAAGGGCAUCAGAAGGGUUGAAAAUUAUUGUAUGCACAGAAUUUACCGUAACGUUUGUAAAGAAUUUUUAGUACUGAAUCAGAAAGCUCACAGCAGCACACACAGUAAAUUGAGCUGACUCAGAAAAUGGUUAAGAAAAAGCUGUUUUAGUCUGAAAGUCUGGUCUUAAACUCAGUUUUCCCAUGGGAAUUGGUUGGUGAAUCAUCUUUAAAGAAAUGAAGAAAGUUAUCUCCAACAAAUUUGAAAAGUAAAUGAAAGAUUUUCUAACAUAUUAACUGAUGGUGUUUGGUGUUGACUCCACUCAAAUAUACACUACGCACAGAGUGAAAUUAUGUCCUAUUUAACCUGUUCAGCUUUAAGUGAUGAAAUAUGAAGUAGAACAUGUAAAGCCAGUAUAUGCUCUAUAGAUUUUGAUGUCAAUACACCAUUUUUUUUAAAAAGGGAGACAAUAACAAAUAUCUAAAAAGAUAAACAUAAAAUCUAAUAGGUGUGUCAGCUACCAAAUGGUUUAUUGGUGCCACUUAACAGAUGCAAAAUAUCUAAAACACUUGUGCUGGUUUCAUUGUGGCUUCAGUUCAAAUGUGUCUCCAUCUGGUCUCAAACAUGCUUGAGUAUCGCUACCUGUGUAUUGUGGUCAGAAGAUAUAAAAUGUGUUGAAAUGAUGCAGAUCUAUUGUACUAAGACGGUACAUUGUUAAUAAAUGCAAUACAAUGUCUGUAUAUGAGUUUGGUCAAAUAAUAUUGGGUGGGGGGGGUAAAUUUAGAAAUAUUUAUUUUUUUCUGUCUUCUAAAAUGGUCACUAAGUUUAAUUAAUUUACUGUGUAUUAAAAAUCUUAUAUUUUGCAUCUUUUGUGCCUUGUGUAUUUUUCUGAAAAUGUUGCAAAUUAAAAGUUCAUAUAAUAUAUACACACAUGCCCUGUUAUUUUAAAACUCAUACAUUAGGAAGUCAUGGAAAUCACAGAAUCAUCAGAUUUUUAAAACAUCAGAAAAUGUGGAUUUUGAAGCUUGUACAGGAACUGGCCACUAUAUCUAUCUGUCCAUCUAUCUAUCUGAGGGUUAUUUUUUAGCUAUAGUUCUUGCGAAUUGCAAUUUGGAAAGGUGCCCACUGUAACAAAUACUUGGAAACAAUCAGGUCCGUUUAAUUAUUUGAAAUAACAGUUAAUAAUUAUCUUAUACCCUCUGCCUAUCUUGCACAAUAUUCCAACCACACUAGUGUGAGAAAAUGGAAUACAACUUUUUGUAUCCAGUUGCAAAUUUCAUGAAAUAGUGUAUCUAUUUUGUUUGCUUACAUUUUAAUUUGUUUUCAGUCAUUUUCUGUCACAAAAUGCACCUUUUUAAAUAUAGUAACUCUCUGCCACAACUUGAUGCUUACUUUGCUCAGAGUAAGAUCAGAGGUAAUUUAAGGUCAAAUUUAGGAACACUUGUGGCUAUCCCACGGUCUAGUUCGAAGGGGAAGAAAAGCUUUGUGAACUUGUCAAAUGGUCAGUUAUGACUAAGCUGUUUACACUAGGAUAGCAGAGUCUUUGAUUUAAAAAAUUGAACUAUUCCAGUAAAAGUUUACUUUUUAUUGGUAAAGAAAAAAAAAUACAAAUUAUAUUCCACCUACAGGUCACCUCAAUUAACUUACAAAUAAAAAAAACAAGGUUUACAAUCAGAAGUAAAAAGGCUCGCUAAUUUUUAUUGAUUAACUUCACAGGUUUAAACUUGAGAACUGAAGCGCUAUUUAAGAGUAAUUCAAACUUGUAAAAAUUAACUUGAACAUCAUCGAGCAGUCUGAUACAGAUUUGUGUAAUUUGUUUUCAAAAACGACAAGAGCACUGUGAUUUCUGUCACAACUAAUAAUUAUUAUUAAAAAAAAAAACAUUUAAGGGGUUAGAACUGGGGUGCCAGAUCUUGGUCCUCGAGGGCCACUAUCCUGCAGGUUUUAGAGGUUUCUCUGCUUCCAACACACAUGAUCUGAACGAAAGGGUGACCUAACAGGUUUCUGCAAAAAGAAGCAGGGAAACAACUAAAACAUGCAGGGUAGUGGUCCUGGAGGACCAGGAUUAGCACGACUGGGUAGGAGGAUCUAAAUACAAUCCUGCUUUCAGGUUAAGCAUGGGUGUUAAAUGUAAUAACCUCAAGGCUGUGGGGAGGAGCAGGAUGAUGUGGGAUUCCUGGCCUGGAAUGUAUGGAUGAAGACAUUUCACUGCAUCUUACAAAGAGGCCUGAGGUUUUAUAAAAA